AUGCCAGCUCCAUUUGAGAAAGGAAGUGAGAAGAAGGGUGCCAACCUCUUCAAGACCAGAUGUUUGCAGUGUCACACCGUUGAGGCUGGUGGACCAAACAAGGUUGGACCAAACUUGAACGGUGUUUUCGGUAGAAAGUCUGGUGAGGCUGCCGGUUUCUCUUACACUGACGCCAACAAGAAGAAGGGUGUUGUGUGGAGUGAGCAGACCAUGUCUGACUACUUGGAGAACCCAAAGAAGUACAUUCCAGGUACCAAGAUGGCAUUCGGUGGUUUGAAGAAGCCAAAGGACAGAAACGACUUGAUUACCUACUUGGUUAGCGCCACCAAGUAA